CUGGCAGGGGAAGGGAAGGGUGAGAGGACGACUCUAAUGGCCAUCCCAAUGCUAAUUCUAUCUUGCUGAUUACAACACUCACACCUCUCCACAAAGGAUUCCCCCAGGCAGGAAGCAGCCAGGCUUUGAAGCUGCAAGGCCAGUAAAUGCUAAUCAGACUUUUGGAGCAGAGGAUUAUGAGGGCAUCUUGGCCCUGGAAGAAAAGGAAAAUGUCCAAUUCUCCAGGCAGCACCAUAGGAAACUGAUUGAGAGAUGGACAGACCAGACUCAGCUGGUCCUAAAGCAUAAAAAGGCUUUGAUGGCAUGAGCGCUGGGAGCAAUGGGGAAUUCUGGGAUGCAGAUAUUUCUGGAUAUGGACCUCACCAGUUUGUACAUACGGUGUCAGCACUUCAGGCAAUUCUCCUACGAGGAGAUGCAGGGCCCUCGAGAAGCGUGCAGCCGACUGCAUCAUCUUUGCCGCCAGUGGCUGAAGCCAGAGCAACACACCAAGGCUGAGAUGCUGGACCUGGUGAUCCUGGAGCAGUUCCUGAGCCUCCUGCCCCCAGAGAUGGGGAGCUGGGUCCGAGAGUGUGGGGCAGAGACCUCUUCCCAGGCGGUGGCCCUGGCGGAAGGCUUCCUCCUGAGUCGGGCAGAGAACAAGAAGCAGGAAGAAGAGCAGCAGAUGAAAAAGCUCUUUGUGGAAGUUCAGCAUGAUUUCCCUGCCACAGGGAAAGCUCCAUCAGGCACCAGUCUAAGUCUCCACCGAAAGGACACACCUUUGCAAGGUUCUGGAGCAACACUGGGAACAAUCACUUCGCUGCCACUUCUUUAUUGUGAUAGAGCAGCACCAUUUCAGGCUCUGGUGAAUUUUGAGGAGGUGGCUGUGUCCUUCCUCCCAGAGGAGUUGGCCCUCCUGGAUGCAGAUCAGAAAGCCCUGCACAGAGAAGUCAUGGAGGAAACCUGUGAGAUCAUGUCUGCUCUAGGUGACUGCAGGAGAAAAAAUAUAUGUGGCAAUCGUGAGAAUUCUCUUUGGCAGAACAUGCAUUUUCCAAGAUAUGAGCAAGCCCAAAGUGAAGGAAAAACCAUCAGAUGUGAGACAUAUUUUGUCCAAAAUACAUGUCACAAGACAAUGCAGCCUGGAACUGAUCACUUUGGGUGUGAGCUUGCUGUAAAAAGUGUUGAUUGCAAAUUGCAUCAGCAAAGCUGUGAGGUUGUCCAUACAGCAGAAACAUUCAACUGCCAGGGAUAUGGGAAAUCUUAUAUUGCAAAUUCACACCUUUAUGUCCACCAAAGAAUUCACAAAGAAGAAACACCAUACAAGUGCCAGGAGUGUGGGAAAGUUUGUACACGUAGGUCAGGCCUUUUGAUCCACCAGAGAAUCCACACAGGAGAGAAACCAUACAAAUGCCAGGAGUGUGGAAAAUGCUUUGUUUCCAGGUCAGAACUUGUGAAGCAUCAAAAAACUCACACAGGAGAGAAACCAUACCAAUGUCAUGAUUGUGGGAAAUGUUAUACACAAACUUCACACCUUCGUAUCCACCGGAGAGUCCACACAGUAGGGGAACCAUGCAGAUGCCAAGAGUGUGGAAAAUGUUUUGCUUCUAAGUCAGGACUUGUAAAACACCAAAGGAUUCACAGAGGAAUUAGACCAUAUAAGUGUCAGGAGUGUGGAAAAUCUUAUUUUCAAAAUUCAGACCUUGUUAUCCACCAUAGAAUCCAUACAGGGGAGAAACCAUACAAAUGUCAGGACUGUGAAAAAUGUUUUAUUUCCAGGUCGGAACUUGUGAAACAUCAGAAAGUCCACACAGGAGAGAAACCAUACAAAUGCCAGGAGUGUGGGAAAUGUUUUGCCUUCAAGUCAAGACUUGUGAAACACCAGAGAUUGCACACAAGAGAGAAACUAUAUAAAUGCCAGGAGUGUGGGAAAUGUUAUAGCCAAAAUUCACGCCAUCAGCGAGUCCAUACGGGAGACAAACCAUACAAAUGGCAACAGUGUGGAGGCUGCUUUGCCUCAAAGCCAGGACUUGUGAACUGUGGAAUAAUUCACAGUGCACAGAAAUCAUACAAAUGCAAAGAACCUGAGCAAUGUCUCUCACAGGAUUUACAGUCUUUGAACCUCCAGAAGGUCCACACAGAAGAGAGACCAUACAAAUGCCAGGAGUGUGGGAAAGGUUAUAGUCGCAGGUCAGAAUUUGUUAUCCAUCAGCGAAUCCACACAGGAGAGAAACCAUACAAAUGUCAGGAGUGUGUCAAAUGUUUUAGUUCGAGGUCAGAACUUAUGAAACAUCAGCGAAUCCACACAGGAAUGAAACCGUACAAAUGCCAGGAGUGUGGGAAAGGUUGUAGUCGUAAGUGGGAACUUGUUAUCCAUCAACGAAUCCACACAGGAGAGAAACCAUACAAAUGUCUGGAGUGUGUCAAAUGUUUUAGUUCUGCGACAGAACUUGUGAAACAUCAACGAAUCCACACAGGAGUAAAACCGUACAAAUGCCAGGAGUGUGGAAAAUGUUACACUCAAAGUUCAUACCUUCGCGUCCACCAGAGAGCCCAUACAGGAGAGAAACCAUAUGAAUGUCCAGACUGUGGGAAAAGUUUUACUCGCAGGUCAACGCUUGUGGUCCACCAACGAAAUCACACAGGAGAGAGACCAUACCAAUGUCAGGAGUGUGGAAAAGGUUAUGCCAAAAAUUCUGUCCUUAUAAUCCACCAGAGAGUCCACACUGGAGAAAAACCAUACAAAUGCCAGGAGUGUGGGAAAGGUUAUCCUUGCAGAUCAGACCUUGUGAUUCACCAGAGAAUUCACACAGGAGAGAGACCGUACAAAUGCCAGGUGUGUGGCAAAUGUUAUAUUCGGAAUGCUAAUCUUACGAAGCACCAGUCAGUCCAUACGGAAGAGAAACAUUAAACUGCGAGGGAAAUGUUUUGCUUUUACACCAGAACUUUAACCACAUCUAAGUUCACAAAGAAAUCACCAAAUCAUAAAUUGAUAUAGACAUCCUCUCAGUUCACAAAUCUUCCUAAUGUUUUGUUGGAAUCUCUUUUUAUGUAAGUUGGAUCCACUAGUUCAGAUCCUAUCCUCAGUCGCCCUUCAGAUAUGUCAAAAUAGUUGUCACUUAUUGCCUGUUCUCCAGACAGAAGACACAACCAGCUCUCCCACUAGUUUCUCAAACAGUUUGGUUUCCAGAUCUUAGUCUGUCCUGGGGUGCAUCAACAAUGGUUUUUAGGCCAGUCAUACUUUGAGUUAUUGGAAAGUGAUUACCCACCAAAGUGACCUGUUUGCCUACAUUUUCUGGUCUGUCAUAACUGAGUUGUCACAGUUGUUAUUAGGCAAGUUAAAGGGCAGUCAAUAAUCAUGAGAUUUUGCUCCUA